CACACACACACACACACACAUGCGAUCUAUCUGAUUAAAGACCUGAGAAACCAGAGGAAACUUUAAACACACUGAGAGCUCCUGAAGAUUCAGACCCUGGUGAUGGUGGACGAUCCGAAGUUCCCGAUGGAGAACCGUGAGCGUGUCCUGGCCGUCGAGAACUCCUUCAUGCCCGGUGGGAAACCCCUCCUGGCUCCGGAUCGCAUCCUGAUCGGAGAAGGUCGUCUGCUGAAGCUGUGCAGACGCAAACCGCAGCCCAAAGCCUUCUUCCUGUUUAACGACAUCCUGGUGUACGGCAGCAUCGUGGUCCCGGGCCGCUGGAACAGCCACCAGCAGAUCCUGCGUCUGGAGGAACUGAAGCAGGAGGACCUGGAGGACGAGGCGGGGAUGAGUAACCAGUGGCUCCUCCGGACACCGCGCAAGUCCUUCCGCAUCUCCGCGGAGUCGCUGGAGGAGAAGCAGGAGUGGAUGGCGCACAUCGAGCGCUGCAGGAUGGAGCAGCUGAAAAAGCUCGGUUUGUCCACCGCGAUGAAGCCGUUCGCCGCCACCUGGAUCCCCGACGCCGCCUCGGCCGUGUGCAUGCGCUGCGCGGAACCCUUUAACGUCACGCAGCGCAGACACCACUGCAGAAACUGCGGCUUCGUGGUGUGUAACUCCUGCUCGAAGGGUCGCGCGGUCCUCGCACACAUCUCACCCAAACCGGUCCGGGUGUGUCGUCUCUGUAGGGAGGUUCUGAGUGGGCAGGACGUCUGCGAUGAGUCCCUCAGGGAGAAAGACUCGGUCGAGCAGAUGCCCAAAUAUGAGGACUCCAGUGACGAGGAGAACCAAACACACACCACAUGGUUUAACACUUACCAAGUACCUGAGCCGCUCUACUGCUACCUCAACCCCCAGCACACCAAACCUCCAUCGCCCAAGCGUGGACCUCUACAGAACAUCUGAGGAACCUACAGAUACACUUAAAAAGACAACACUGCAGUUCUCCACUACACACACACACACACACACACACACACACAUCAUUAUCAUCUUCAUUUCUUCCCAACACUAUUUCCAUCUCACUGCCACAUCAUCUCCUCAUCUUCAUCCACACCACCGACGGUGUUCCACCUUCUCCUGUGCUGGACCGCGAGGAUGUGGGACGAGAAUUCAACGCUAAGGUGAAGAACACUCAGUGUACGACUACACACUAUCAAAAUAUUUAAAUAUUUAAACAUUUUAUGAUGAAAACACUAUUAUUGUUCUGUGUCAAAAUCCUGAUGCUGCUGAGUUUCUACAUUAAUAUUCUGUGUGCAAAGUUUUAUCAUAAAUCAUCAUCAUCAUCAUCAUCAUUUUACUCAAUGUUAUCAUGUAAUAUCAAGAAAAACAAGGAUUUACUAUUAUAAGAUAUUACUUAUAUUUAGUGCUACAUAGACUUAAGAACACAGCAGAGAUGCUGAUUAGUGACGUCAGUACUACGACAAGGCUGCGCCCUCUGGUGGAGGUGUGAGGUGUGACACUGUUUGUGUUUGUACAUGUUUGUAUUUAAUGUUAUAUUUCAAGCCCUAAUAAAUUUUAUUAUAAAAAG